CACCUUGUGAGACAGAGCGCUGGUGACAGAAGAACAUGACGUACAGACGUGCUACUAUCAACGCAGCAAAGCGUCGCUCCAUGCAUGUGAUAUUUCCUGCUGCCACCAUCCUCUUUGGUGCUCCACAGUUGUGAUCUCUGCCCCCAGGACCACUCCAGGACUCAGAACAGAGGAACUUUUCUGUGGACCCCUACUUAUAGGGACUGAGCUCCUGGCACCCAGUGAAUAUGUGGCAUUCCAUUGUUGCGGUUCUGGUGGUGUACUGUACAGUAGGUCAUUCAUCUGCACCUGAUCUCCAGAGGUCCACAGGGGCAUAUUUUGAGUCCAGGAACUUCCAAAAUGUCCUUCACUGGGAGAGAAAAUUUAGUCCAGACCAGCCUGUCCUCUACAGUGUCCAAUACAAUAUAUAUGGUGAGGAGUGGAAGGAAAAGUGGGAGUGCCAGAACAUCACAACCCUAUCAUGUGACCUGACAGCCGAGACGGCAGAUAUCACACUUCGCUACCAUGGGAAAGUAAUUGCCAACGGCGCCAAGCUUUACCAGACCAUCCGGUUUAUGCCUCUGCAAGACACCAUAUUAGGGGCACCAACUGUGUCCCUGUCACCAAAGGCGACAUCAGUCACCUUGACUGUCUGGUUUCCAAUGAGACCAGGCAAUAGGACAUCCCUGGAAGAGGUGCUCCGCAAUGCUUCCAACGUAAACCUCUUCAUUGACUACACCAUGACGCUGAGCCCAGCAUACCAGAUGGAAUGUAACAGCAGUUUAGAUCCACAGCGACAACUGUACACAAUUACUUCAGAGGAAAAGGAGGUGACAAUAAGCAACCUGAAGCCUGACACGGAGUACUGUGGGACAGCUGUCUACACGGUGGAUUUCGACAACAAACUCAAGCACAGCGAAGUUCUUGUCUUCAAUGUCAAGACCCAUAAAGAGCCACUGUCUUCCCGUCACCUGUUUAUUGGCUCUGCCGUGCUGUCCAUCCUGAUCAUCGGUUUCUUGCUGCUGGUGGCCGCUUGGCAGUAUGUGAUUAGGAAAAACCGCAUGCCCAGUGCUUUGCAUCUGCAAGACAGAAAAUUUCCUCAACCUCCUCUGCACUUGACAAAAGAGGGUGAGUGCAUCACAAAGCUAGAAGUAUAUCCCUGUGCACAACAUAUCCUUUUCCCGUUCGAGGCUGCAAAGGACCAGAAAACACAGAGGGAGCAAAACGGUGGCAGCAGAGACUGCUACAAUCCCCAGGACUGCAGUCCUGUAACUCCUUGGCACUGCCACUCUUACUUAAACCAAGAAGGUUCACGAGCUGAGCACUCCUGUAGCAGCCAGUCCUCCACCCAGUACAGCGUUGUGGUAGGCAUCCAGAUGGGUAUUAAUGUGGAACACUUCCAAAAUGAAGGAGCACCAUCACCAAAAUCACAUGGGACACUUCUGGAGCCCCAGCCAGACACACUGGUGCUGCCAGCCCAUCGGGCAGCAGACGGCCUUCUGCAGCUGUCUGAUCUGCUCCCCCUGCUACAAACAAGGACAGAGAGUGACACAACCAGUCCGUCAGCAUCCUCCCUCAAAGAGGGGGUCCCUUUGCUCUCUGAUCUGAUCAUGCAAGGGGAGGAUGAGCAGCUGGACUUUGAGCUGAAGUCAAAUGAGGUCACAAGGACAUGCACGUCAUGCCAGGCGCCCUCCCUCUGUAAUGAGCUGUCCCACCUUACCUCUGACACUACCUCAAACCCCUGCCAUUCCAUUAACUACAGACAGAACUGGAUGCCUGUAGUGCCCAGUCCACCAGAAACUUCCAAAAUGAACUCAGAUUGUAGGCCAGAAGAUGUCCAGGUCUGGCCCAAGGAAGGAGGAGGCAGGUUAUUUCUUGAAGGAUGGGAAGUAAAGAUUCAAGGCUGAAACCACUCCUGGCUCAGUUUGAUCUCUUUCAAACCAACCAGGGCCAUAAAACAAAUGUCAACUCCCUUUAAAACAAGAAAGGAGAAAUAUGAAGUCAGUAAGGUGCCAGUUCUGGUUCUCAUCAUUCAGUUUUAUGUCAGCUGCCCUAGAAGGUAUCAGGAACCUGUAACAUGCAGGUGCAACACAGUGGCAGCAUACGGGUUCCAGUUAGCCCCAGAAACUGGCACCUGAUGUGUAACCUUCAUACAUUGUAAAAUACAGCCAGUAUUGUAAAGCUUAUGAAUGUUUUGCACUUUUUAUAUAUUUAAGGACUUGUCUGAAAAAACGUGUAUGUAUCUUCAUGCCAGAGUGAUUGUAUUUUACUUUUUCAGUUAUGUGUACAUUUGUACAUACUCUACAGUGCAGAGGUGAAACAGUGUAAAGUUAAGCAAUGCGUGGGAUGCAAAUAACUUCUGUUAACACUGACCGAUUAAA